UUCUUACCCAAAAAUCAUCCCCUUUUUUCGUCUCCUUAUCCAAUCUCUCUCUCUCUCUCUCCCCCAUGGCUCUCCUUCGUCUUCCUGGCGUUUCCCUCCAUUUUUCGCGAUGCCAAUCGGACCAGAAGUGUUCUAAUCCUAAGUUUUCGCUUAGCAGUGUUUCUCUGUCAUCAUCUAGUUGCUAUCUAUCUCGUAUUCAACGUUAUCAGACAAUUCCGGACGCUGUUUCGGCAAAACCAAAACCUAGCAGUAGCUUUACCUUGUACUUCUCUGCUACAACCCAAGACCAGGUUCUCGAAUCUUCUUCUUCUUCUUCUUCUUCUUCCUCGGCGAAUGAUGCGAAACCGCUAGACGAGUUUUCGAAGAGCAGGUUGAUUGCCCAGAACGUCCCUUGGACAUCUACGCCGGAAGACAUUCGAUCCUUGUUCGAGAAGUACGGAAAUGUCGUCGACAUUGAGGUGUCUAUGCAUAACAAGUCGAGGAACAGAGGACUGGCUUUUAUCGAAAUGGGUUCCCCUGAGGAGGCUGCUUCGGCUCUCCGCAAUCUCGAAUCGUAUCAAUACGAGGGUCGAGUUUUGAAGAUAAACUAUGCAAAGCGCAAAACGGAGAAACCUGCGCCGCCCGCAAAGCCUAAUCCUGUGCCUACAUUCAACUUGUUCGUCGCCAACUUGUCUUUCGAAGCAAGGGCCAAGAAUCUUAAAGAGUUUUUUGAUUCGGGUUCUGGUAACGUCGUUUCAGCCGAAAUCAUAUUCCAUGAUAAUCCAAGGAGGUCAAGCGGCUACGGAUUUGUAUCGUUCAAAACCAAGAAACAGGCCGAGGCGGCGCUCAAUGAUUUCCAAGGAAAGGAAUUCAUGGGGAGACCAAUACGAGUAGCUCGCAGCAAACAGUUUGUGAAAUUGCAAGCAAAAGAAGGCUUGGAGGCUGACGAGGAACCAUCACAGUCCAACACGAAUGAGGCUGACGAGGAGGCUUCAACUGGUGAAACCUGAAGGAUACUGCUGUGAUGUGCGAAAAUUAAAACCGAAGAGAUUUGGAGCUUGGGUUCGCUGUUGUAUCGAUCGAGCAAACAUUAAGAGAGAGGACUAGCAAUGUGAGUUAAACUCUGAUUUCACCUCUGGUAAACUGUUGGAUUAUCAAGUUCAGGUGGGAAGUGUAAUAUGUACAUUUGAGGGAUAUGUGAGCUGAAGUAGUGAAACCUUCCAUGCCAAAAACUCAAGACAAAGCAAAACCCAUGUUCCCAAAAGGCUCAUAGGACAUGUUUCUCUUGCAAUUUUCACCGCACCUCCUCCA